AUGGCUUCCGAUGUGGCCGCCCUUGAGACCGAAGUGGAAGAAUUCAAGCUACAGCUCGAAACGGUGCAAUCGAGCUUGCAGGUAGACCCCGAUAACGCGGAGCUUCAAAGCCUAAAGGCUGAAUUAGAAGAAUUCAUCAACUUGACCGAAGCCUCCAUCGCCGAACUCAAACCCCCCGCGUCGCCAGGAUCCUCGUCCAAAGAGAAAUGGUCCAAAGAGAACCACCCUGCAUAUCAAGCCGGGUACCGCAAGCCCGCCGCAGAUGCCGACGAACAGGCUCCCUCGUUUUCUGUCAACGAUAACGUCCUCGCCCGCUGGGUCGGUGAUGGCGCCUUCUAUCCCGCACGAAUCACCUCCAUUACCGGCUCAUCCAGUAAACCAGUCUAUAUUGUCUCCUUCAAGUCCUAUAAUACAACCGAGACGGUGACGGCGAGAGAUAUCAGGCCCAUUUCAAGUAGUGCUGAUUCGCGUAAACGCAAAGCUGAUGCUGCCCCAGGCAUAUCAUCCCAGGCCGACCAGCCUAGUACCGGCGUCAUCUCAGCCGCCGCUGAUAUCAACCCUGCGCUUGCCGACCAGGCUCGCAAGGAGCCGAGCAAAGUGGGCGACGGGCCUGCUCGGCCUGCCAAGCUACCACGCAAAGUCAAGGCCAACAAGGAACUCGAGGCUGGCAAGUCCAAGUGGCAGGAUUUCUCCAGCAAGUCCAAGUUUGGAAAAACAAGCAAAAAGGAAAGCAUGUUCCGCACUCCAGAGGGGGUUAACGCAAGAGUUGGCUUCACCGGAUCCGGUCAAGCCAUGCGCAAAGAUCCGACACGUAGUCGACACAUCUACCAACAGCAAGAUGACGAGGGAUACUGA